AUGGCUGAAGCUCAUUCGGCAGUUGCAUUUUCAUUUUCAAUCACCCAUGAAGGUUGGGAUGUUAAUUUUGAUCGUGAAGUGCUCCAUUUAGUUUGGGCAUCUGGAAUUCGUUCAUGGAAAAAGCGUUUAGCCAGGUUUAAGAACAAUGUACGCAAUGGAGUUUUUCCAGCUCCAUUGCAAAGUCUUUGGGCUAUGAUGGGUAUUGUGCUUGCUCUUCGUUAUGCCAAUAAUACUUUUAUUAAAUAUACAGACAUAAUAUUGCAAUAUUUGCCGGGGACAUCUUAUAUAUGGCAAAUAGUAUCUUGUUUUAUUUUAUCUUUAAUUUUUUGGUUAAUAUUGAUUUACAUGGUAAGGUACACAUUUAAGAUCAUGUUAAUGUAUAAAGGUUGGAUGUAUGAAAGCAGAGGAGGAAAUAAAGUGUCUUUACAAACCAAACUUUGGGGCUUAGGUGUAAAAUUACUUUCUUCAAAAAGUAAACCAUUACUUUACAGCUAUCAAGGUUCAUUACCAAAACUUCCAUUGCCUCCAGUUAAUCAAACUAUGAAAAGAUAUUUAAAAAGUGUCCGUCCAUUAAUGAACGAUUCAGAAUUUGAAAGUAUGAUAAAGCUAGCAAAUGAAUUCGAAGAUGGUAUAGCAGUCAAGCUUCAGCGAUAUCUGUGGUUGAAAUCAUGGUGGUCGAGUAAUUAUGUAUCAGAUUGGUGGGAAGAAUAUGUGUAUUUAAGAAGUCGAACACCUUUAAUAGUUAAUUCAAAUUUUUAUGGUACUGAUGCUAUAAUGUUACAUUCAACAUCUAUUCAAGCUGCUCGCGCUGCCAUGAUAAUUUGGCAGUGUUUGCAGUAUAGAAGACUGAUUGAACGUCAAGAACUUGAACCGAUAAGAGUUCAAGGAUUGGUUCCUCUGUGUUCAUGGCAAUAUGAAAGGAUAUUCAAUACAACACGUGUUCCUGGUGCUGUGAGUGAUAAAAUUGUUCACUAUAACGAUAGUAGACACAUUGUAGUGUAUCAUGCUGGACGGUAUUUUAAAGUGAUUAUCUAUAGUCAAAAUCGUAUACUUCAUCCUUGUGAAAUUGAAGAACAAAUACAAUCAAUUCUCGAUAACACAGAGAAACCAUAUGUUGGAGAAGAAAAAGUAGCUGCUUUGACUGCUGCUGACCGAACACAUUGGGCAAAUACGCGCACUCAAUAUUUUUUUAAGGGCAUAAAUAGACAAAGCUUAGAUGCCAUUGAGAAAGCUGCUUUUGUGGUUACAUUAGAUGAGGUUCCAUAUGAAUAUGACCCUGAAAAUUCAAAAAAGUUGGACGAAUUUGGAAGAAUAUUAAUGACUGGCAAAGGAUAUGACCGUUGGUUUGAUAAAUCAUUUACUUUAUGUAUUGGAUCAAAUGGAAGAGUGGGGUUCAAUGCUGAGCAUUCGUGGGCUGAUGCCGCGGUUAUGUCUCAUCUUUGGGAGUUCAUCAUUUUUGAUGAAGCAAAAAAAUCUGGAUAUCAAGAAAACGGACACACAAAAGGUACUCCUGAAUUGGAACCUCCAAAACCUAUAAGGCUUCAAUGGAAUUUGGAACCAGUGUUAGAAGCUAUUGAAAAAUCAUAUCAAGUCUCAUUAGCCUUAGUAAAAGAUAUUGAUUUGCGUAUUUUGGCAUUCAGUGAUUAUGGCAAGGGAUUCAUGAAAACCGCUAAAGUCAGUCCAGAUGCUUUUAUUCAGAUGGCACUCCAACUGGCAUAUUAUAGAGAUGCUGGUAAGUUUAGUCUAACGUAUGAAGCAUCAAUGACUAGAUUGUACAGGGAAGGUAGAACUGAAACUGUAAGACCCUGUACUCUAGAAUCUUCAACUUGGGUGAAAUCGAUGUUGGAUCCAAAUGUUGAUACGAACAAGCGUAUUACUCUAUUGAGAGAAGCAUGUGCAACUCACCAAAGAGGUUAUCAAGAUGCAAUGUGUGGAAAAGGAAUUGACAGACAUUUGUUUUGUUUAUAUGUGGUUUCCAAGUAUUUGGAAGUCGAAUCACCAUUCUUAAACAAAGUAUUGAGUGAACCAUGGAGGUUGUCUACUUCACAAACACCACAUGGACAGACUACCCAAUUUGACUUGAGAAAAUAUCCUAAUUGCAUUUCUGCUGGUGGUGGAUUUGGCCCUGUAGCCAAUGAUGGAUAUGGUGUCAGCUACAUAAUAGCUGGAGAAAAUCUGGUUUUCUUCCACAUCUCGAGCAAAAAAAGUUCUCCUCACACUGAUUCAAGUAGGUUUGCCGUCCGUAUUACGGAGGCACUUAAUGACAUGAAAUCACUGCAUGACGAUUGGAUAAGAAGUACAAAACAACCAAGCUCAUAA